AUGCAGAAGUCGCGGAGAGACCUCAUGAAGAGGAAGGCGGCGGCCAAGGCGCACGAGCAGAGCGCGGGCGCGGCCGCCGGGAUGAGGAGGCGGCGGCUCUACGGCUUCUCCGCCUCGCUCGUCGUUGCGUCCUGGGUCGCGCUCCUCAUCCUCAACUCGCUCGUCGGCCACGGCGACGGUCAACGCGGUACGCACGAUGGUGGAGACCCUAUUGUUGCCAUUCCCAUUGCUGGGCCUGGGCCUACAAUGAAUGAAGGUUCUGUUAGUCCUGAUGUUGUACACCAGGAGCAUGAGGAGAAUUUGGCAGUGUCUGCUGACACAUGUGUAAAACUUGAUGCAAGUGUCUUGCUUUCAGAAGAGACAGUGCUGCAGGAAGAUGAACUGUGUCCCAAGGAUGAUACCCAAAGUGAUGACAUGGAAGCUCUAAUAGAGGAUGAUCGAAUUGAGCUGUCGGAAGGUCAGGGCAAGGAACAAACUCUAACCAUGGAUGAUCAAAUUCACCUGUCAGAAGGUCGGGGUGAGGAAGAAGUUCUGGCCAAGGAUGAUCAAAUCGAGCAGUCAGAAGGUCAGGGUGAGAGUCCUCAUCUGACAAACAUUGACUCUGUAGCUCAUCCAGCGGAGAAGGUGGAUGCUGAAGAUGUUCCCAAACCAGCAAGAUUGGCACGGAUUGUUCCUCCCGGUCUUGAUGAAUUCAAGACGAGAGCAAUUGCUGAAAGGGGAAAGGAUGCCUCUAGUCAAACUGGUCAUGUGAUCCACCGAAGGGAACCUAGUGGUCAGUUGUACAAUUAUGCUUCGGCAGCUAAAGGGGCAAAGGUUCUGGAUUUUAACAAGGAGGCCAAAGGCGCUUCCAACAUUCUAGACAAAGAUAAGGAUAAGUAUCUCCGCAAUCCUUGCUCCGUUGAGGGAAAAUAUGUCAUCAUAGAGCUUUCUGAAGAAACCUUGGUAGAUACCAUUGCAAUUGCAAAUUUUGAGCAUUACUCUUCUAAUUUAAAAGAAUUUGAAAUGCUGAGCAGUCUUAUUUAUCCCACAGAAAACUGGGAAACACUUGGGAGAUUCACUGUCGCAAAUGCGAAGCAUGCUCAGAGUUUCACAUUUCCCGAGCCAAAGUGGGCGAGGUACUUGAAGUUCAAUUUGCUAAGCCAUUAUGGUUCUGCAAGCUAUUGUACACUGAGUAUGCUUGAGGUGUACGGAAUGGAUGCUGUGGAAAAGAUGCUCGAGAACUUGAUCCCAGUUGAGAAUAGAAAUGCUGAAUCUGAUGACAAAUCGAAGGAGCCAAUUGAGCAACCACCUUUGAAGGAGCCUAGUGGUGGAAAAGACUCCUCACAGGAACCCCUUGAUGAAGAUGAAUUUGAGGUAGAAGAUGAUAAGCCAAAUGGAGAUUCAUCAAGGAAUGGUGUUCAUGAUCAGAUUGUAGAGACAAGGACACUUCAGGCUGGCAGAAUUCCUGGAGAUACAGUUCUUAAGAUACUGAUGCAGAAAGUUCAGUCUCUUGAUGUGAGCUUUUCUGUAUUGGAGCGGUACCUAGAGGAACUCAACAGCAGAUAUGGACAAAUUUUUAAGGAUUUCGAUUCUGAUAUUGAUAGCAAAGAUGCACUCUUGGAGAAGAUAAAAUUGGAGUUGAAGGAGCUUCAGAGCAGCAAAAAUGACUUUGCGAGAGAUAUUGAAAGUAUCCUUUCAUGGAAGUCAGUUGCCUCCUCGCAGUUAGACCAACUUGUCCUGGAUAAUCUCAUACUCAGAUCUGAGUAUGAGCGAUUUCGGGAUAAGCAGGUUGACCUGGAGAAUAGGAGCUUUGUUGUUAUAUUCCUGUGUUUUAUUUUUGGAUGCCUAGCCAUAGCUAAAUUGUCCAUAGGUAUGAUAUUCAAUAUUUGUAGGUUAUAUGAUUGUGAAAAGUUGGAUAUGGUAAAAUCCGGAUGGCUUGUGCUGCUGCUGAGCAGCUGCAUUGUGGCCUCCAUUUUGGUAAUACAGUGA